UCCACAGUCCAUCUAAAAUGGGAAAGAUCAUUUUCUACGAGGACAGGAACUUCCAGGGCCGCUGCUAUGAAUGCAGUGGUGACUGUGCUGAUCUCCACUCUUACUUCAGUCGCUGUAAUUCCAUCAGAGUUGAUAGUGGAUGUUGGAUGCUGUAUGAGCGCCCCAACUUCCUGGGCCACCAGUAUUUUCUAAAGAAGGGAGAGUAUCCUGACUAUCAGCAAUGGAUGGGCUUCAGUGACUCAAUCAGGUCUUGUAAAGUUAUUCCACAGCAAAAAGGUCCCCACAAAAUCAAGAUCUAUGAGAAAGAGGAAUUUAGAGGCCAAAUGCUGGAAGUCUUGGAAGAUUGUCCAUCCGUAUUUGAGCUCUUUAAAUACCAUGACAUAAAUUCUUGCAACGUUCUUGAAGGUCAUUGGAUUUUCUAUGAGCAGCCCAACUAUCGUGGAAGGCAAUACUUCCUGAAACCUGGAGAAUACAGGCGAUUUAGCGACUGGGGAUCCCUGAAUGCUAGAGUAAGCUCUUUCCGAAGAGUCUUGGAUUCAUGCUAA